AUGUACAGCUUCAUGGGUGGCGGCCUCUUCUGUGCCUGGGUGGGAACCAUCCUCCUGGUGGUGGCCACAGCAACAGAUCACUGGAUGCAGUACCGGCUGUCAGGGUCCUUUGCCCACCAGGGCCUGUGGCGUUACUGCCUGGGCAACAAGUGCUACCUGCAGACAGAGAGUAUCGCUUAUUGGAAUGCCACCCGGGCCUUCAUGAUCCUGUCCUCCCUGUGCGCCACCUCGGGCAUCAUCAUGGGCAUCCUCGCCUUCGCUCAGCAGCCCACCUUCACCCGCCUCUCCCGGCCCUUCUCCGCAGGCAUCAUGUUUUUCGCUUCCACCUUUUUUGUCCUGUUGGCCUUGGCCAUUUACACUGGAGUCACUGUCAGCUUCCUUGGUCGCCGCUUUGGGGACUGGCGCUUUUCCUGGUCUUACAUCCUGGGCUGGGUGGCCUUGCUCAUGACCUUCUUCGCAGGGAUUUUCUACAUGUGUGCUUACCGGAUGCAUGAAUGUCGGCGCCUGUCUGCUCCCCGCUGA